AUGCUGCGACCUCAGAUUGCCAUCCCAGCUGCUCCUAGUCGACCUUCUUACACAUCAACAGUUGACCGCGCUCUCCGGCUUCUGCUCUCUUUCAUAAUUGUUGGUGUCAUAUACAGAUACUGCUGGAUAGACGCCUCGGAUCCCUUCAAAUGCAGUGCCCUCCUCAACAAAGGCACCUGGCUUGACCCCGGCCGGCGAUGGAGCUCGCGGGCUCCCUUUCAGAACUGGCAGCCGCCGGGAUGCAUGAUGCAUGAGUACAAGAAGGAUGACAUCGAGGCAUGCCUGCACGGCCGGCGGCUGGUCUUCAUUGGCGACUCGACGACCCGCCAGAUCUUCUGGGCCGUGGCGAAGAAGAUGGACCAGGAAAGGGCCGAGGGCGAGAUGACGGAGUUGCUGGAUCAUGCCCAGAAGGGGAAGGAUCUGGAGUUCACCUCCGACGGUGUCACCGUCCAGUUCGUUUGGGAUCCGUGGUUGAAUUCUACAGGCCUGGAGCGCGAGCUGCAAACAUUCAGAGCGGAUCCGCCGGUCCCUGACGAGGGCGAGGUUGACGAGAGUGCGGCACUGAUCUUGCUUGGGGCCCCGGGGUUGUGGUAUGCGCGGCACGGGCAGGAGAACUUCUUCAGGGAUUUCAGAACCUCGAUUGAUAGCGUCAUUCCGUAUAUGGAUCAUGCGGGGUCUGAGAAUGGCAAGCUGCCCUCCUCUCGACAUUUCCGAUCCCGUAACCAGUCUCCGAACUUCCUGCUCCUGGCUCCCGUCCAAGUCCCUUGGUAUGAGGCCCUGUCUCCGUCAAGGGAAGAGACGAUUACCCCUGAGAAGAUCGAUCUAAUGAAUGACUACCUCCAGCAGGUCUCUGCAUAUUCGGGUGCCGAUGUUAUCUGGAGUUAUUCCUUGAUGACCUUCGCAGGCCGGGCUCAGUAUGAGGAGAGCGGCCUUCAUGUCGUCGACAACGUCGCGCAUCGCAAAGCUGACGUGCUUCUGAACCUGCGUUGCAAUGCCGAAUCCGCCCAGAAGGGUGAUGCCUUCAACCGGACGUGUUGCAGCAAUUACAAGCAACCCAAUGGACUCCAGUGGGUCAUCCUCCUCGUAGGAAUGCUGCUGCUCCCGGGUGUUGUGUUCGUUCGUCGGAAGCACCUGCUGAGAAUUGGCCGUCUGCUUCCUCCAGCAGAAGUGUGCAGUGCCCUCGCGGUAUUGGCUCUCGUGGUCUGCUUCUGUUUCUAUGCGGAUCGGACCCAGGUCUUUGAGAAGGCGCAUAGGCAGUUCCGGAGAGGGGAAUUCCUCACUGCGUGUCUGGCUGUGGCAGUUAUUGGCGUCUUCUCGAUUCGAAAGAGCGAGACACCAGCCUCAACCAGCACCGUGCCCCAGAAGAAGAACGAUCGCGGCUUCCUCUCCCAGGAUCAGACCGCGGAAUGGAGGGGUUGGAUGCAGGCUUUCAUUCUCAUCUACCAUUAUACGCGUGGAUCGAGGACCCUCUGGAUAUAUGAGAUAGUCCGGAUCCUGAUAGCUUCCUAUAUCUUCCUGACUGGCUUCGACCAUACUCUCUACUUCUUGAAGAUGGACGACUACUCCCUGAAGCGUGUCGCCGCUGUCAUGCUCCGGUAUAAUCUCCUCAGCUGCCUCUUGCCGUACAUGAUGCAGACCGACUAUCUCUUCUACUACUUGCCGCCCCUCAUCAGCUUCUGGUUUCUCGUUACCUAUUUCACACUCAGGGUUGGAUACCGGAACAACUCGAAUCUGAAUUUUAUCUUCGCAAAGGUGAUUAUCUCUGCUAUCCUUACGACUGCGUUCACUAUGAUACCCGGUAUAUUGGAGUUCGUGGCUCUGUUACUGAAACACAGCUGUGGGAUAUCCUGGGACGCGACCGAAUGGCGCUCUCGUACUUUCCUUGACAUGUAUAUUGCUUAUGUCGGCAUGAUAAUGGCUGUACUCUACCAUCGGCGUUCUCAGCUUGACUCGGGUUCUAUAGUCCCAAGGCACAUCAUCAACUCCCUCCUCCGACUAACCAAGACCCGAAACACACUCUUCACGACCGUCAUGGUCCUCGCCUCCGUCAUCCUCCUCCCUGGCUUUUGGGUGCUCACCCGACGCUCUCCAGAUCAGGAAGACUAUAACUGGUGGCAGCCCUACAUCUCCUGCGUGCCGAUCCUCUCUUUCAUAACACUCCGCAAUUCCCACCGCGUCCUCCGCAGCUACCACUCCACCACCCUCGCCUGGCUUGGUCGCUACUCACUCGACGCCUACGUCCUGCACCCGCACAUCUGGCUCGCCGGCGACGGCCAUGGCCUCCUCCGCCUCGGCCUCUUCAACCGCUGGAUCGACGCCGCCAUUCUAACCCCAGCUUUCCUCUGGGUCAGCUGGCACGCCGCCUCGGCGUCGCGGACGCUCUCCACAUGGAUUACCGCGGGCUGCGACCCAGACGCCCAAGACCUCGACGUCGCCCCGCCCACGCACUCCCCGUACCCCUCCCUCCCUGGCGCGCAGCGCGAGGAAGGCACACCCUCGAAAACCUUCAGGUUCUCGAUCAAUGACGGAUCAGCGCCGUCCUGGACUGCGAAGUUGGCGGAGAAAUUGAGGACGAAUCUGAGGUGGAGGCUGGGAUUGCUGGGGUUGAUGCUGUGGGUAGGGAAUUUGUGGUAUAGAUAG